GCUGAGAAAAAUUGCGAGCUUAAUGUUUUUUUUUUUAUAACCUACUCUCUCGUGCGAAGAACGAUUUUUAUGGCUAACAAAAUUCUAUAAAUAGUAACUAUGCGACCAAUUAUAGAGGUCUCUAUAAUUGUUAGAUAAAAUAUUGGACAAAUUAUAUAUUCAAAGUGGAACAAUCGACUUUUAAUAAUGAUGGGCCGAAAUUUAUCGGCGUUUCUUAUGCGAAGAAAACUCACCCCAACUUUAGCUAAAAAUUUACAUUCUUCCUGUCGCCAAUGCUUGCGUAAUAAUCCCUUAUCGACGGCUCCAGUAAAACUUGCUUAUGCUUCGUACGAAUCGAUAAAGGAUGAGCAGACUAGAAGUGCGGAGCAACCUAUUUUGAUAAUGCAUGGUCUCUUUGGUUCGAAGAGCAACUGGAAUACACUGUCAAAAGCAAUUCAUCAAAAAACCAAGCGCAAGGUCAUAGUAGUAGACGCCAGAAAUCAUGGUGAUUCUCCACAUACGUCAAACAUGUCGUACAAGGAUAUGGCAGAGGAUGUGAUUCAACUUUUGAAUGAUCUAGGAUUCGAGAGAGCCAUUCUAGUUGGCCAUAGUAUGGGUGGCUCAGCCAUGAUGUAUACUGCUUUAAAUUUUCCACAAUACGUCGAGAAACUAGCAGUUGUUGAUAUGUCUCCUGUGAGAACCAGCCCUAGUCUCUUGCAAAUAAAGAAGAUCUUUGAAGCAAUGAGUUUAGUAACAGCGGAUGGAAGUCCUACCUUAUCAAAAGCACGCAAAGUAGUGGACCAACAGCUUGAAAAGUCUAUUAAAUCUAGUGUAUUGCGUCAGUUCCUAAUAUCAAAUUUGGUAGAAGUGGAUUCGGGAAAGUACAAAUGGAGAGUGAAUUUACCAGUAUUGGAGCAAGCGUUCUCGACUCAGAUAGCUGUGUUUCCUAAGGUAGAUUCAAAGAUCUUUCCCAAUCCAACGUUAUUCAUAGGCGGUGCUAACAGCGACUAUAUUAGAAUGGAUGAUCACGACGCGAUCAAGAAGCUAUUCCUGGCACAAUUUCAUUACAUAGAUGGAGCGGAUCAUUGGGUUCACGCGGACAAGCCUACCGAAUUCGUCGAGCUUCUAACGAAUUUUAUAAAUUACCCAGUCUUGUGAUGCUCGUAAAAUAUAUAAAAAGACAUAAUUGUCCUUUGUAAAUAUAUACAUGUAUUUCAGGUGAAUUCCACAACGUUGCAGAACAAUGUGUAAAAUAUUCAAACAAUAUAUAGUGUAAAAGUGAAAGUAACUGCACGUUAUGCGAUUGUGAUAAAAAGCGCCAUUAAGCGUCGAAAAGCGCCGUUUUCAAUAAUCUCUUUUAGUUUUUCUCUCAACGCAUGUAUUACAUGCGAAAAUUGUAUAGACUUUAUUUAAAAAAUUAGAGAGCAGAGUUUUAAUGGAAUUGAAUAGUUCCAUUCAAAGGCCAUGUGUAUCAAUGUGUUACGUAUACUUGAAUAAUGAUACUCGGUACUAAUCGAAUAAGAAGAAAUACUAGUAAAACCUUCUAAAAAAACUAAGUACUUUAUCCGAAUAAUAAUUUAUAAUAAAAUAUUUUACUAAAAAAAAUAGGAACUAUAAUAUUCCCAAGAAAUCAAACGUAGCUUUAAAGCGUUUCUAUUGCAACAACGUUUCGCGUGUUCAGACUUCAUUGCAAUCCGCGAAAUUCUAAGCUCGUUUUCGUGCCGAAAGUGACGAAAUGUCAAACACUAGCCAAACGUGCAGUCUUGAUCGUCAUUGUUCGCUGUAACAUAUAUAUACAUAUGUAUGUAUAUAUAUAUAAAACUGUGAUAUCCUAUAUAUAUACCACUUGCAAUAAUAUUAAUCAACAAAUCGCACACUACAAUACAUCGUGCGUAUGUCCACCGUUGUAUGCAUAAUCGGCCUUAUUGUGCAUCACAAGCUGAUUGUCGACGAAAUAAAACGAGUCGGAUCGCGUUUCAAAAGGAUUCGCAAUCAUUUCCGAAACUGGAAAGAUACAUAUACAUCGUUUAUGUUUGUACAAAUAGUAAAUUGUACAAGCAACAUAUUUUGCUCGUACAAUUUUGAGUACAUCAUUGUUGGUUCAUUAGAAACAAAUCUUUUUCAACGACUCACCUAGAUCCGUAGGCAAUGUUGGAAAUUCGUAAAUGUGUUCGCAUGUAUUUUUGCUGUUCGGUAUGCAAAACCCAAAUUGAAAAUCAAAGGUCUUCAGUAGCCUGUCGCGGAAAAAGUGCCGUUCUAUCAUCCUGAAGUUAUUGAUCGGCUUAGGCCCUACGAGAAACUCAAUUGUUGCUCCGACUGUUUUUAAUUUGAGAAACUGCGGCGUGAAUUGAUAUCGCACAAAGCGUCCUGUGUUUGUAUCCUCGGAUCCGAGCUCUUCGCAAUCUGGCUCUGGCUCUUGAUGUGUAUCACAUUCUGAUAAAAGAUUUAAAAAAUUAUAA